AUGGACCAGCACAAGUUCUCGUUUGCUGAUGCUGUCAGCGCAGUCACGUCGAGCUUCAGGUCCGUCGGCACGUCUACCUCCCCGAGAGUGGGUGCCAAUGUCGAGCAGGGGCAGGGGCCAGCCCGCCCUGAGUACAGCGUGGACGGAGAUGGGCCGAGAGGCCGAGGAGACGGAGACGGAGAGGGCGAGGAUGCGUUUCCGAAGCUGUCGCCGGAGCAGCUUCACGCGCUCUUCGAGGACGAGGAGCAGAGGAAGUGCGUGGCAGCCGCGCUCGAAGAAGCGCAGCUCAACUGGUCGCUGGACAGCAAGAUGCUCGGGCAGCGCUCCGAGGCCAAUCGGGGUAUGCGCGCCAUCGUCGAGCUGCUCGCGCAGAUCCACGUGAGCCAUUCCAGUCAGUGGCAAGAACGGCAGCGACUUGCUGGUCAGCUCUCUGGUGCGACUGGCGCGCAAAGUGAGGGCGAUCAGGGUGCUCGCUCCAGGAAAGCAAAGGGAGAAGGCGGCGAUGCAAAGGGCACAGAGCAACGCCUCAACCACGCGUGGGAGACGCACGAUCUCCUCCGAGCCAUCGAUCGCAAAGACCACGAAACGAUUCUCAUGAUCCGCGAUGCCAACUUCGACCUCUUGCUCGAUCUCAACCAGUCUGGAACGUCUGGCAACGCAGCCAGCACGCCGCUUGGGUACUGCAUAUCCCUAGGAAAAGGAUGGGAGGGCACGUCGAUCGUCUUGACAGGGGCGCUUUCCAAGUUCGUCAACAAUCUCCCCGAUGACGAAGCUGAGGACUUGCCCGCCGACGAAGACGAGGGCUCGAUGCAACAACGCAGGGCACGGGCACGCAAGGCACGGCAUGAGCUCGACCCGCGAACGGCCUCCCGGCUCCGCAAGCUGCGCACCAGCCUCAAGCUCGCCAUUGACAACUCGAUUCUCUCGGACCAGACGAGCCUCCUGGCGUCGUACAUCCAGGUUCUCCUCAUGUCCGAGGGCCAGCCAUUCAUCCUCGAGUCGAUCUCGGCCGUCCAGCAGGCCCUCGUCUCGUACCUCGGUCCGUCCAACACCUCAUCCACCGGCGCCAUUCUCACGCAGGCAGACCCAAUCUCUGUCAGUCACAAUUGCGUGAACCGGUUCGUGAGCGACGGCCUGCGCAGCCACAAGCGGCGUCCCUCGAGCAGCGCUGGUGGCGUCUCGGGCACGACCAGGCAAGGAGACCAGUACAGCGGCGGAGGCGCCAGCAUCGUCGCCGCCGUCGACGAUCUCGUCGCCAACGCCGUCGGCGACUUGGUCCUCAUGGCUCUCUGGGACCUCGUCCGCAUCUCCAGGCACGACCUCUCGCUCCUGGAUCCCAAGGUCGAGCAGUCGUCGACGAUUGCAAAGCGCGUCGAGGAAGACGACCUGUCGAGCCCCCUGCCUCUGUACUUUUUCGCUCGCGACGACCGCGUAUCGGCGCAGUACACGAGCCGCCUGCAGGGCACAGAGGUCGUCCUUGACCAGAUUGCGACGGCUCGGAGCAAGUCAACGCUGCAGGGCGCAGGUCUCGUGGGCGGCAAAAGCGCCAGGCAAGUGAGAAUGUGGAAGUGCGCCCAGAAGACGUCGGAGAGCCUCCAGAGCGGACUGAGGCGGCUCAACUCAAAGGACCGUCUCGACCACAUCGACGAAGUGCUCGCCGCAUUCAAAGGUUGACAGACAUCAUCACCACUACUGUAUCUGUAUCAUAGCUCCAAAUGACUCUUCUGUUCACACGCAAUCCAAGAGGGACCCGCAAAGCAUUUCAUC